AUGGAUUCUGGAAAACAUUAUGUCAGUUUCUUGUCUGAAAAAGACUCAUUACGGCCAAUGCUAGUUGAAUCGCCAAUAUCAAUUUUUGAACGGCCAAAAACUGUGAAAAUUGCACUCCCUGAGGAGCCGUCUCUAGGUAGAACAACAAGCGAACCACAUGGCCUCCAUUCUCGGCCGAAUAUUCAGAAUUCAAUGGCGCCAUAG